GCCCAGACCAGACAGACACACAGACACAGAGAGACAAUACAUAUCAUCGACGAUGAAGACGGCAAAGUGGAUUACCGUAAUUGCCCUCGCGGCGGUGCUCCUCCUCCUGCGGCCGGCGGCGGAGGCGGUGACGUGUUCGCCGUUGGAGCUGAGCCCUUGCGCUGCGGCGAUAACGUCGGCGAAGACUCCGCCGUCGGGACAGUGUUGCCAGAAGCUGAGGGAGCAAAAGCCAUGUCUCUGUGGUUAUCUCAAGAACCCUACCCUCCGUUCCUUUGUUAGCUCUCCGAAUGCCAAAAAAGUCUCCACCAAAUGCAAUCUCCCUUUUCCCAACUGCUGAAUCUACAAUCAUAUAAUUCACGCUCAUGUUUUCAUUUAAUCCAUGAUUAUGAUUUCUCAGUUAGUGUUUUAAUCUCAUGAUGUGGGUAGAAGUUUUUAUUGCAGAUUUAUGUUUCUGCAAUCUUGUGUGUAUAUGUAAGUUUGUGUAUUGUAUGUGAGUUAUGAGUGGAUGAGUAAAUGCAGAAAAAGUGGUAAGAAAACGUCUU